UUUCAAGAGAUUUGGUCCAGUCCAAUGGGUCCCGUUUUCCAAAAUUUGUUAUGGUAGAGAGAGAAGAGAAGAGCUUCAUAGAUAAUCUUGAAUCCCACGUCACGAAGGAGGAUAAAACAUUCCCUAACUUCUCGUCAAUCCUUUGUUCCUCCCAAUUAAAUAAUGCAAAAACAAAAACACUUUUCUUUUUAGAAAAAUAAAACCUUUUUUUAAGGAAAAAAUUAAAUAAAAAAAGUCUCUAAAUUGAAAAUCAACCCCCAUACUCCCCCCCACCCAAAAAAAAAAAAAAAAUCUCUCUAUGAUCGAGCUUUUCACGGGUUAUCAAUGCAAGACAUCGGCGAAUUUGGGGAUAUCAUGAAGUUCAAGAAAAUAAGUAGAGUGGAGGUGUUAAGAAAAACACACUUGUCGUCAUGUGCAUGGCGGUGUGGUGAGAUUAUCUCGGGGAAUGGACAAACUUAUUGGGUUAGGUAUGAUGGUUUGUGGGGUUUGAGUAACGAGGAUGAUGUGGAGAGUGUGUCAAGAGAGGUAAUUAGGCCCUGCCCUCCACCUGCGGAUGUUUCAGAUGGUUGGGCUGUUGGUGAUUUGGUGGAGGUGUUCGAUAAUCUUUGUUGGAAAACUGCAGCAGUUAUGAAGGUCAUGAGGGGAAAUCGUUGCUUGGUUAGGCUAAUCGGGUCUUCAACAGAACUUCAAGUUGACAAAGUUAACAUUAGGAUGCGCCAAUUAUGGCAAGAUGGCAGAUGGGUUGAAAUUGGAAAGGGUUCUGGCAGUUUUGAAAAUGAGAAGUUGAAUAAACCAUCAGUUUUCAGUUGUUAUCAGAAGAAGAGGUCUCUAAUGCAGCAAGCCAGUAAGAAGAGGAAAGUGCAAGCAAGAGAAACUUGUUUAGCUAUUGAGCACAACUUUGGUUUCCAGGAGUCUUGUGCUAUGUCAGCUAGAACAUCCAAGAAGGCAUCCCCAUUUUGGGCAACUCACUUUGAAUCAUGUAAUGAAAAAGUUGACAAAAUGAGAGCGAUUGGGAAACAGAGUGAGGGCCCGCGAGUGAUAUCAGGGUACCCAUCCUCAUUCCUGAAAAAGGGCCACAGUUGGAGGCAUGCGAAUUUUGCUUCCAAAGGUCUAAAGAUGAUGCUGGGGACCUGUGGUUCACCAUCAUUUUUCUGGCUCAACGAGUUGGGGGCAAUGUGUGCUGGGAUCAUGUGCAGAGUACUGGAUGAAUUAAAAGCAGAACUCUGAUAUGGCUGCCAUGAGGAGGUCAUCUUAACUCCAAGAUUGAAUCAUGCACAAGAUUUAUCUUGCCCUUCUUUUUUGGGUACAAACGCAUGUUCUCUUACUGAUUACAAUGUCCUUAACUGCUAAUUUGAUUUAAUACCCAAGUUUCCUUCAAAAUAUGGAUCCCUUCUGGUUUUCUUUUGGCAGUUUAUGUUUUAUAAUGUAGUACUGUUAGAAUUGGAGUGGAGUACUCAGUUGGCUGCUGGUAGUUUUGUGUAAGAAGUACAAAUCUACUUGCUGAUUGAUCAGCCGUCAAAUCAGUAAAUAUGCAAGUCAUAUUGUCCAUGGGAAAGGAGGGUCUAAUGAAUUCUUGCUAUUUGAAUUGUUGGGGUCCUAGACAUGGGUUUCAAUAUUUGGUUGAAAUGGCAAUGUAUGCUGGAAUAGUGACAGUCUGUUGGGCUGUUCUGGAGACCGAGCAGCAAUGUAGGCCGUGGAACAACAAUAGGGUUUGAUUCCCUGAAGAAGCAUCCGGAAACAUUCAUUGAAGGAUAAGUUUAUUUCCCAAAAUUAUGCUCUUGAUUACUUUGACAGCACAUCACCAGAUGGUAAGUACUGAAGUAUUAUAUAGUAUAUGGAUUUAUUUGGCAGGUUCCCAAGUAUUCAGAUUUUGAAUGAUAUCUAGAAAGUAACAAUGUUAGAACUUCAUCAAGCAUUGAUUUUCGUAUGAAUUUGAUCCGAAGUAAUGAUUAACUUCUAAUUUUUUCAUCUCAAAUAGAUUGCCCUUUAAUAUGGACGCAUUAGGUACAGCUUGUAGUCUCACUGUGGCCAGAUUUCUAAUCAAUAUUCCGAGGCAGCAUCCCCAUUGAAGUUGCUGUUGGGGCUUUGGUGAGAAGUUCAAAGUUUGUUUACAAGUUCAUUUAUCAUGUCCGAUACAGUGCCAGCUGAUCAGAGUAUAGAUUCCCCUCUAAUAUGGAUGCGUUAGUUACAGCUUGGAGUCUUUCUGUUGCCAGAUGUCCAAGCACUAUUCUGAGGCCAUUGAAGUUGCUGUUGGGGCUUUGGUGAGAAGUUCAAAGUUUGAUUAUGAGUCCAUUUAUCAUGUCUGAUGCUGAGCCAGCUGAUCAGAGUCAUUCUAAAAGAUGAACGUCGAUUGAAGUGAUGACAUGAAAUCCCUUACUCCAUUGUGGAGACAGGAGCACUCGAAAUUGGCCCUCAUUAAGCUUGCUGUAUUUGAAACCGAUUAUCACCGGCUGUGGUUAGAUUAUUUCCCAUUGUGAUUCGUGAUUUGUUCCAAUUGUCAAUGCUUAUACAGUCUGAUCUGUUGGUAGUUGUAGUUUUGCAAACUGUUUGGUCAUAAUGUAGCAGCUAGUAGUACUGAUGCAGAUAACCUUAGUAGUGACGCUGAAUCCUUUUUACGCAGAUAACCUUAGUAGUUGAAAGAAUUAAUGGCAA